CCCUCUUGACUCCCCACUCACCCCCUCAUCCCAUCCCUUCUCAUCUUCAGCUAGCCUUCAUCAAGCUAUCAUCAGCUUCUCCUCCUACGACACCAUACAAUUACACAAGCAAAAGUACCCGAGAUGCCCUUCGACUCAGUCCCUUCUCGUCGCUUCCAAACCCUAACCGUGGUCUCCAAGUGCACGGUCUUCCCUUCCGAGCCGUCCGCCAUGGGAGACCUCAAGCUCUCUGUCUCCGACCUCCCCAUGCUCUCCUGCCACUACAUCCAAAAGGGCAACCUCUUCCCCCUCCCCGAUCGCCCGCCCCUCCCCUCCCACUCCCUUGUCUCCGUCCUCCGUCUCGCCCUCUCCCGUGCCCUCACCUACUUUCCCCCGCUUGCAGGCCACCUCCUCACCGACUCCAAGGGUUACGUGCACAUCACGUGCAAUGAUGCUGGGGUCGAGUUCGUCCAUGCGAGAGCGGAGAGCUUGAGCAUCCAAGACAUCCUGGGGACGAAGCAUGUCCCCAAAUGCGUGAAGAAGCUUUUCUUGCUCGAUCGGACUGUCAGCUACGAGGGCCACUUCAAGCCCAUCCUAGCAGUCCAGGUAACCGAGCUGUCCGACGGGGUCUUCAUCGGGUGCUCGGUGAACCAUGCGGUCAUGGAUGGCACGUCAUUCUGGAACUUCUUCAACACAUUCGCUGAGGUAUGCCGGACCGGUGUUCGAAAGGUGUCGCGUAUCCCCGACUUCAGCCGUGACUCGGUACUAAUAUCACCAGCGGUUCUCAAGCUUCCGGAUGGUGGCCCGAGGGUCACAUUCAAUGAGAACGAGCCGCUGGCGGAGAGAAUCUUCAGCUUCAGCCGGGAAUCUAUUCUUAAGCUCAAAGCGAAGGUCAACGGCAGCCCGAAGUGGAAAGAUAACGAUAACGGCUACACUAACGCCGUUGAGGUCAUGGGGAAGCAGAGCAACGACCCCCUCUACCUGAGCGGUAACGGAAAGAAGGUGGAACGGAUCCUCGAGGGAUGGUUCCAUAACGGCGUUUCCGAGCCAGCCGUCGAGAAGGCUAAGGAGAUCUCGUCAUUCCAGUCCAUAUGCGCGCUCCUGUGGCGGUUGGUUACACGCGCAAGGAGACUGCCGGCCCAUAAAAUGACGACGUUUAGGAUGGCCGUGAAUGUCCGGCACCGGCUCAAGCCGAAGCUCGACGCGAGCUACUUCGGGAAUGCAAUCCAGAGCAUCCCCACCCAUGCGCUGGCCGCAGAGUUACUCUCGCACGACCUGCGGUGGUGCGCGGAGCAGCUGAACAAGACAGUUGCUGCCCAUGGAGAUGAUGCAGUGAGGCGGCUUGUGGAGGAUUGGGAGAGGGAACCGCGGUGCUUCCCAUUGGGGAACCCCGACGGCGCGUCCAUCACAAUGGGGAGCUCCCCGAGGUUCCCGAUGUACGAGAACGAUUUCGGGUGGGGCCGGCCGGUGGCGGUCAGGAGUGGAAGGGCUAACAAAUUCGAUGGUAAGAUCUCGGCCUUCCCGGGGAGGGAAGGAGGUGGGAGCGUCGAUCUCGAGGUGGUCUUGGCCCCCGAGACAAUGUCGGCGGUCGAGUCCGACAUGGAGUUCAUGCAAUACGUGUCGUCAUAUUAGAGGAUGGUGAUUGCGGAAUAUUGGUGAAUCAAUCCGUUGUCCCCUGACCGUUGGAUCAGGGGGGAAAUGAUUUGGGAGGGUUAUGUGAUAUGAUCAUCAUCUAUCUUAGCUAUACAUAUUCACAGACCACUUGAUUAAGGAUCUACUCUUGCACGAGUGAGUGACUCUUCUCUGCCACAGUGCAAAGAAGGUAAUUAUUGUGUUGAUCAUUAGAAAAGUGAUCUCUCUCUCUUUAGGUGUAUAUGUUCUAAAUUCGGUUUAUAGUGAUUUACGAUGCAUUUGGAUUCAGAGUUAAAGUAAUUUUGAUUUUGAUUGUGGAAAACGACAAAUGAGUUGGGAUUAUAAAUUUGACUUGGAAAA